AUGGAUAACUUCAAAAUUUACAGUACAGUUAUCACAACUGCUUUUUUACAAGUUCCACACUUAUACACGACAAAUAGAUUAUGGAAGCCCAUAGAAGCACCUUUUUUAGUUGAAUUUCUUCAAAAAAGAAUAAGCUCCAAAGAACUUAAAAACACAAAAGCAAUCUGUCAUAUAGAUCCCUCAUGGGUCAAUCUAAAUGCUUCUUUCAUUAGAGAUGACAUGAUCUCAAUAAAAGCUACCACAGAUGAUAUGGACCUCGAUGCUAUUUGCAGGAUUUCUUUGCCCUUACCUAUGAACACAAAUGAUCUAACAGCAGAAUUGGAAAAAAUGAAACGUAUACUAUUGGACUUGAGUGAAAAAUUCAAUUUAGAACUAAUCAUCACCAAAGAACCAGCUUACUUCACACCAGAACAGACAGGCGAGAGCAAGGAAUUAUGUAUUUACGUGCAUGCAUUAGGAUUCCGAUCUAAUUUAAUGGAAUGCGAACCCCAGUUAUUGGCAUUUGUCGAUUUAAUAAAGAAGAAUGGUAUGACUUUGCCUCCACAACACUACAUUAUCGAACCUAUGGAACUGAACUCAUACUCUGUGCUUCCCUUAUAUAUGGGUGUAGAUAUGGAAAACUUCAAACAUAUAUCCAGAGCUUUUAAAACCAGCAUUUACGCACCUUCCCUCAUUACGCUGUCUAGGGAUCUUAAGGCAAAUCCACAAAUCUUCUUCUCAGGCGCUGUCCAUUCACUAAGUUUACUGGCUAGGAAAACUCUACGUGAGUCCAUAAGCGUGAAUUCAAAGAGUUUUUUUUAUCGUCGAUUGACUAAUAUUACCCCAGGAAAACUACUGUUUAUCCGAAAAUACUACCAACAAAAGGUAAACCAGUUAAUUUUGAAAUACCAAUCGCUUAUUAGAGUUACUAACGAAUACAUUGAAUUUCAAUCGAUUUCCACGAACUUAUUAGAAAUGGUUAUUAAGAACUUCACUAUUCAAGUAUUACAUGAAAUUGUAGAAGUACAGAUUUCACUCAAUGAAAACUGCGCAAUGUCCCCGGAAUUAAUAAUCGACAGCUUUUUCGGACACACUGGAAACCAAAUUGUAGUAAUAACUCCCAAAGAGGAUUCCUUCAACCAAUUAAUAGUAGUUGGUAACCAAUCUUCCACAGAUGAGGCGUCCGAUACUUCCAUAUUGCAUUACUUAUCUGAUUUUAUUAUGGGCUCAAAUCAAGUGAUUAAUCCAAACUUAAGACAGAUAAAAGCCAUUUUCGAGAUACAUCCUGAUUUUGAAGACUUCAUAUCAGGCAAGAAAAAUGGUAAAUUAACACGUAUAAUGGAACUAUCUGCUUGCUUAAUUCAACUGGAAAUGGAAGAGGAAGAUGAUAACCUUUAUUUAAAUUUGGUUAGUGACUCUUUCCCUGAUUUCAAGGAAUCAUUUAAGAAUGUUAUAAAUGAAUUUCCUGCCGAAGAAUCUUUCUUCAUUCCUGAAGUUUGUCACAGACCGAUUAUAGGUACAGGUGGUUCCUUAAUUCAAGCCACAAUGAGAAAGCAUAACGUCUUCAUUCAGUUUUCCAAUAGUUUCAAUCUUCCACAAAAUAAAAUUUCUAUGAUCAGGUAUGAUAAUGUGAUAAUUAGGUGCCCCAGGAAAAACAAAGCUAAUAUAUGCCUAGCCAAGAAUGAUUUAAAACAAAUUGUUCAAGAAUAUGAUAGUUUACAAUCGAAGACGCUCAUUAGAUUUUCUAGUGGGCAAUAUAGACAUAUUUUGCAUGUUAACGGCCAAAAGAAUAUUAUAGGACAAAUCGAAAAGAACGAAAAUGUUUACAUAAUGAUACCGUUAAAAGAGCCCUUGGAUGGAACAUCUCAAUUGAGUAUACAAGGAAAUGAUGAGAAUGCAUCAAGAGCCGCUAACGAAUUGGUUAAUAGUGCGUUUGGUUAUGAAUACGAGUUCAAAAUAGAUCAAGAGAUAGAUCCCAAUAAAGAAUACGAAUUUUAUAACCUAAUUGUUGUUCCAUUUUUGCAAAUUAUGAACAUAAUUGUAACUUUUGAGAAGGACCUUAUCACUUUUACUUUUGAAAAGGAUACUAAUGAGAAUACUCUAACAAAAGCAAUCGAAUUACUAUCCAAUUAUUUGGAAACACAAAAGACGAAAAUAAUAUUUAAAAAAAUAAUUAAAAAAUUUGUUCUAGGGUCUGCCUCCAGCAAGAGUAACACCAGUAAUAGCAAUACCAAUGGCAAUUUCAGAUCAAUGAAUAAUGCCAAAAGUCGUACGACCAUCGAUAAUACCAGCCAAUCAGGAGCCUCACCACAACGCCACAAAAUGCCUGUUAUAACGACGGUAGGAGGAGCCCAAGCCAUCAAAGGAUAUAUACCAAACACUUAUUACAACGGAUAUGGGUAUGGAUACGGAUAUACAUACGAGUACGAUUAUAAUUAUGCCAACUCUAAUAAAGCUCAAACCAAUAAUAGGCAUAAAUAUCAAAAUGGCAGAAAAUGA